AUGGACAUCGGAUCGAUCGCAGAUGCUGUUUGGCUGGAUUGUAGAGUGCCAACUAGCCGCUCACAGAAUCCGUUUGUUUACGCUGAUGAAAAGAACAACAAUGAGGGAAAAAUCAAUGACCAGCGACUCGUCGACAACGUUCUCGGCGACCAGAUGCGACGAUGUGGGAGCGAAGAUGUUUCGUCCAGCUGGACGUCCGUCCAGCUUUCAUCGACACUCAUUGUGCCUCCGGUUGCCACUACGACUCGUCACCUCCCGCACCUAUUGAUCGAUUUCUCGAUCGAUCAACACGGACGGAACGGAGCGCCGCUGUCGAAUGGAGCGCGCGGGCGUCGACCGAAUGAUAAAGCCGCUGCUCUCAGUGAACACACUCUGCUCGCAGAGGGUGCCCGGACUUCAUCCAUUCAGUCCGGUAUUUUAAGUCGGAAGUGUCAUUGCUAA